AUGGCCGACGACACAUCAACAAACAGUGGAAAACAUAACGAAAUUUUCGAGCAAACAGAAAUGUCCGCCGUUUUAUUAAAGCAUAUAAAGCUUCUAAAUUAUGAUCUCAACAAGAAAAUUCAUUGGCUGGGCAACCUAGACGAACUGAAAGCUCUCAUAUAUGAACUAUUUGGCUUAAGUGGUAAAUGGUCGUCGCGAGGUAGCUAUGCAAAAUCUUUUCGAAAUGAAAAUAUAUCUGUAACGUGGUAUACCAACAAACGUACUCUAUCAUUUCACGGUGUACUCGGUAAUUCUUUCAAGGAAUUGAUAAUUGACUUAUGAAUAAACUCUCUACAUUAGCUGCUAUUCCGACUAAUGUAGAUACGAACAAUCGCUCUGAUGCAGUCGGCAAGUAUGAUCAUGAUAUUAAUGUAGGCACGUCAAAUACCGAUAAAUAUAAUUCGAAGAAUCAAGCUAGUGACACAGUGGCGUGCCCCGUGAAAGAUCCUGAUUUGUCUGGAAGUAAUGAUGGUGUUACAAAGUUUGACUGCUGUGACGGUAAUCAGGUUCAAGAACUUGUAAAGGUUAAAUUACAAAAUGCUUCCCUACAUAACCAAGUAGACUCCCUCAACAGGGUAGUUGACAGUAUGAAUGUUGUUGUUGAAUCGUUAAGCAAACUUGUGAUUCCCAACGAAGGUUCAAAUCUUCACUCAAAACUUAGAUUAGAAACCAUGCUGACGGAGUUUUCUAACAUUUUAGAAAACAAGAACAAAGUUAUAUCCGAUCUUGAAAAUACA